AUGUCAUCCAAUUCCUCCUGCAAGGCUGGCGGCGAGUGGUGGGAGUGCCAACUGUCAGUUCCUACCUUCCAAGGCUGUUGUACGGUUAAUCCUUGCAACAGCAACGGUAGAUGCUCCCAAGACGAUUUGAGACCAGCGAGUUUUGCAUCGACUGGAAAGGAUGAUGACGAUAAGAGUCCUGCAAGCAAAGGCCCUUCAACUACCAUCUACACUACCGGUGUUGUAUCGAUUGUCUCCGAGGGUGGUGCAAAUGCACGCCCGACAACCAUACUCGUCACCACGACAGCUUCCUCGAACCCAUCUACCAUCACGACAUCCGUCACUCCCCAAAUCCCACAAGAUACUCAUCACAAUCCCGGAAUGGUAGCAGGUAUCGCGGUUGGUGCCGUCGCUGGAGUCUUACUUCUCGUUGGAGCCAUUGCUGGAAUUACGAAAUGGAGACAGAAGCGCAGACGUGAGAGAGUUGGAUAUCCAAGACUGAGUGGCGGACCUGGUGAUUUGGGGGGUAAUGUUGAUGUUUCAGGAGCGAAGAGUGGAAGUGGUGGUGUUAUGGAUGAUGCUGGUAAGUUUCUGCUUUCUCUUUGAAAUGUGAGGUGUUGAAGGAUAUGACUGAUGUUUUAAGAUAGACCCGGAGAGUAACCAUCGUGCUGAUGUGGACAAACUUUAAAGGCCUGGUUGAGAUACGGUCCGGCAGUACUUUCGAGGCGGAUGGGGAGAGAAGUGUAUGUGAAGUGUGGUGGUGGAGACAAAAGUUACGAUCGUUUGGCAUUUUUAUUCGUUGACACAUUCAUUUCUCUAGCGGAAGUUUUGGCUUUCUUGGAGGAAGUUUUUCAUACCGAUUUGCUCAUUCACAUAAGGGGAGUCUGAGACUCAUGAUUCAUAACAUAGGACCUUCGUUUCUAAGGAUUGCUGGAGAGAAUAUCAGAGCAAUGAGUGGUAGCUCGGUGUAUGGGUGAGAAAGGCUCCGCAGGAUUGUAGUUAGGAAAUGUCAUUUUGG